AAAAAUGGCAGCAGAAAUACAUAUAAUCGGUCAGAUUGAAUCUGCUUAUGGUUUUGGAGAUAAUCGAGUAGCUUGUCGUUGGAGUUUGCAUUGUGGAGGUGGUUGGAGAGUAAUAGAAGGAGAAGUAGAAGGGCAAACACAUACCGACUUGCCGGAAAGUGAACGUGCUUACUUUGCUCAUCCUAUAGAUGUACACCUUGCUACUAGAACAAUUCAAGGAAAAUUUAAAUUAAAAUUAAAAAAAAUUUUUUUCCCUUAA